AUGAUUUGCUCUAAAAGCCUUCUUCUCAUUUUAUCAAUUCUGAUUGUUUCUACUGAAGCUGGAAGAUAUCGAAGACAAGGAUUACCGACACUCGGAGGAUUGGGAGAACUCAAUGAUCUACUUCCAUGCAAUGCAUUCACAAGAUGUAGUGGAAAAGGAUUGUGUCUCGGAACUGCAAAACAAUCCACAUGUAUGUGUUUCCUUGGAUGGUCUGGAGAUUCAUGUGAUUCAGUUGCAAAUCUUAUGGAUCCAUUCAAUCUUUUCUCCAACAACAAGAAUAACCAAUUGUUCCCAAAUCUUUUCCCAACUGCCAGUUCUUUAAACUUGUUGAAUAAUCCAUUCGGUUUGGACGAUGACGCAUUGGAAAUGUGUACAGCAAGUGAUUGUAACGGGAAUGGAGUUUGUGUCGGAUCCAAAAAGGCUCCACUGUGUCUUUGUAAUCUUGGAAAGACCGGGUUCAAGUGUGAAAGUGAAAUUUCCGGACUUUUGAAUAUUGAUCCAUCAGCUCCCAUUACCUUCUGUUCUCCCAGUGAUUGUAAUAAUAAGGGUCUCUGUUUGGGCACUAAAAACAGUUUUUCGUGUGCUUGUCAAAUCGGAUACACUGGAUCCAGAUGUGAAAAGACUCCAGUGACUCUUUGUGACGCCCGUGAUUGCAGCUCUAAUGGGUUGUGUAUUGGAUCAAAAGAUUCGAUGACUUGCGCUUGUUACCUGGGAUAUUCUGGAGAAAGAUGUGAAAAGAUCACUGGGACAAUUUGUGAAUCAUCCGAUUGUAACUCGAAUGGAAUUUGUAUUGGAACGAAGAAUUUGAAGUCGUGCAUCUGUGCUCCAGGAUACUACGGUUCAAGAUGUGAAUCCAGAUUCACUCUUCUCCCUGGAACAGAAGCUCUAUUCUGCGAAUCCAAAGAUUGUAAUGGAAAUGGAAUUUGUCUAGGGAACAAGCUUCUUCCAAGUUGUAUUUGUGCUCCAGGAUUCACAGGACUUCGUUGUGAACUCGAGCCACUGUGUACUGGGGCUCUUCAGUGCUCUGGAAAUGGUUUGUGUGUGGGGUCUUUGAAGUCAUACAGCUGCACUUGUAAUCUUGGAUGGACAGGUCCUAAUUGUGCUCAAAGCACACUUCUUGGUUAA